ACGUCAUCGUUUCGCGACAUACACCCGGAAGUGGAGCUCGUUAAUAAUUUACUAGAAGUGUUUGCGAGUACUUUUUAUGAGUAGCUUUAAGUUAAACGUGAAAUACUCAACGCCGAACCGCGUGGAACAUUUUGAAGAUGAGCGAAACAGAAAACGAGAAGGGUCCUGCAGCCCUGAGGGAAGAGGGGAACAAGCUUUUCAAGGCCGGCGAUCUGCAGGGUGCUGUGUCUUGUUACACCAGAGCACUGAAGCUGAGUGACAACAAACAAGAAAGCGCUGUACUUUACCGCAACCGAUCUGCAUGCUACUUGAAAAUGGAGGACUAUAACAAGGCAGAGACGGAUGCCUCCAAAUCUCUCAAUACUGACCCAAGCGAUGUGAAAGCCAGAUUUCGGAGGGCCCAGGCUUUCCAGAAACUUGGACGUUUUGACCAGGCCUUUGUGGAUGCACAGACAUGUGCCCAGCUUGAGCCCAAAAACAAAGCAUUCCAGGAUCUCCUCAGACAGCUGGGGGCAGAGAUCCAUCAAAAGUCACUACAGUUAAACUCCACAGAUGCACGUGUGCAACAGAUGUUCUCACUCCUUGUGGAUACAUCUGUGAAAGAUUCUGACCGACAAAAGGCUGCCCAAAAUCUGGUGGUGUUAUCUCGAGAAGACGCAGGAGCUGAGCAGAUCUUCCGUAACGAUGGCGUGAAGCUGAUUGACCAGCUUCUUCAUUCAAAGCAGGAGGAUGUUGUCCUUUCUGCUCUGAGGACUCUGGUUGGCUUAUGUACUGAGCAUCAGUCCAGAACGAUGGCAAUAGUGAACGAGCUGGGCAUGGAGCAACUGUGUGCAAUCAUGGGAUCGGGAGGCUCUGCUGUUUCACUGGCCACCUGCCACCUGCUGAAGGUGAUGUUUGAGGCUCUCACGCAGGGCAUGAAGAGGGAGAUCAGGGGAAAGGAGGAAGCUAUACUUCCUGAACCAUCCAAGGAGCUUCGGUCGAUGUUGCGUCACCUCUUGGAGAUGAUGCCAGCGUCAAACGUGUCAGGACCUGGAAGAGACAACGCCAUCAACCUUCUAGUCAAACAAGUACCCCGCAAGUCCUUGAAGAACCCAGACAACUCCCUGACACUAUGGGUGAUUGACCAGGGGCUGAAUAAGAUUUUGGAGGUGGCUGCAUCAGUGCCUGAGCUCUCAGAAGGGCCAACACUUACCGAGAACUCCCACAUGAGUUGCUCAGUCUUGCUUACCAAGCUUUAUGACGAUCUUCAAAGUGACAAGGAGAGGGAGAACUUCAAUAAUCUGUGUGAAGACUACGUUCGACAACACUUUACCCAAACGGGCCUUGGAGGCAAGCUGCGAGCCAUCCAGACCGUAUCUGUGCUCCUCCAAGGGCCGAGCGAUGUCGGCAACCGAACCUUGGAGAUGUCAGGAAUGAUGGAUGCAGUUAUAUCCUUAUGUGCCUCUGAAGAUGUGAUUCACCAGCAGAUAGCAGUGGAGUCUGUUAUUCAUGCAGCAGGUAAAGCUAAGAGAGCUUCCUUCAUCACAGCCAAUGGUGUGGCGCUUCUCAAGGACCUCUACAAGAAAAGCGAGAAUGACAGAAUACGUGUGAGAGCCCUGGUGGGGUUGUGCAAGCUUGGAUCAGCGGGAGGGACUGAUUUCAGCAUGAAGCAGUUUGCCGAAGGAUCCACACUAAAGUUAUCCAAACAAUGCAGGAAGUGGCUUUGUAAUGAGUCGCUGCCUCCUACGUCCCGGCGAUGGUCCGUGGAAGGCCUCGCCUAUCUCACCUUUGAUGCUGAUGUGAAAGAGGACUUUGUUGAAGACAGAAAUGCUCUUCAGGCCAUGUUUGAACUAGCAAAGUCUGAGGACAAAACAGUACUCUUCGCUGUAGGCUCCACUCUGGUAAACUGCACUAACAGCUAUGAAGUGGAAAAGCCUGAUCCUCAGAUGGUCGAGCUGGCUAAGUAUGCAAAGCAGCAUGUGCCGGAGGAGCACCCCAAGGAUGCAGCUGCCUAUGUGGAGAAGCGGCUAACAAAGUUGCUGGAGGCUGGAGUGGUUUCGGCAUUAGUGUGUAUGGUUAAACAUGAGAGUCCGGCUCUCACAGAUGCCUGUAGAGAAUGUAUCUCCAGGGUGUUCUUGGCUUUAGUGGAGCGACAAGAAGACAGAGGCACAGUAGUAGCCCAGGGUGGGGGAAAGGCUCUCAUCCCACUGACAACUGAUAACACUGAUGUAGGAAAGGUCAAAGCAGCACAAGCACUUUCCAAAAUUACUAUCACAUCUAAUCCAGAGAUUGCCUUCCCUGGAGAAAGGAUUUAUGAGGUUGUGCGCCCUCUUCUCAGUCUCUUAAAUCUUCACUGCACCCUGCUACAGAAUUUUGAGGCACUCAUGGCUCUGACCAACCUGGCUGGAAUCAGUGAAAGACUCAGACAAAAGAUAAUAAAAGAGAAGGCUGUGCCAAAAAUUGAAGGCUACAUGUUUGAGGAGCACGACCUGGUCCGAGCAGCUGCCACAGAGUGCAUGUGUAACCUCAUCCUGAGCACAGAGGUGCAAGAGCUGUACCUUGCCACUGGCAACGAUCGCCUGAAGCUCCUUGUACUCUACUGUGGCGAGGACGACGAAAGGCUGAGAAGAGCCGCUUCAGGAACAUUAGCCAUGCUGACUGCCGAGCAGCCUGAGCUUUGUGCUCGUAUCACCACAACAACUACCCACUGGCUGGAAAUCCUGCAGGCACUGCUACUCAGUGAAAUAACUGACUUGUGCCAUCGCGGUGCGGUCAUUGUUUUUAACAUGAUGCGAGCUGAGAAGAGUCUGGCAGAGAAACUUAUUGAGAGUGAAGUCCUGGAGAUUCUGUUUGUCUUGACAAAGGGAAGACAGGGCACAUCAGUACCAGCCUCAAAGGUAGCUCAGAACUGCCUAGAUAAGGCAAUGGAGUACGGCAUCAUCAUGAGUAGAGAGGGAAAGGACAUGCAGGAAGGAACUAAAGCUUAAAUCAGAGCAAUACCUAGUACCUGAACAUUUCAGCCAUUUCAAUGUUUUUCCUGCUGAAAUACUCCUAAAAGACCAAGAACUUCCUAAAUUUAGUAAAGGAAGCAGCAAUGACAUUUUAAUGUUAUCAUUUUGUCACAAUGUUUUAUACUUCGGUAAAAAAAA